UACACGACCUGGAUAAGAAGCACAAUGGAGGAUUUACCUUUCCAAAUUAAUAAGAAGAUUUAGCUUCGGUGAUGAGUCAAGCAAGUUUCGAGGACAACAUCUCUUUCACUGGAUAUUAAUUAGGCCAGCUUUUUAAUGAACAAGGGGUUUUUAAACGACUGGCUUCCAUCCUCCUCUUGACAAUCAUCGGACAUGGAUAACAACAACAAUAUACCCUACGGAUCGAUAUCUUGGGACAACGAAGAUUCCUUUGGCCCGACGAAUCAGCGAAGGGAGACUAUAAGAAACCCUUCAUUAAGACCUCAGAAUGCAACGGCCAACAAUGGCCUGAGAUUUUCUCUACGAGGUCCGCAUUUUACUCCACCACAACAAAGAGUUCAUGGCGUUGGAAUUUCCAGAAAUUCAGAAUUAGCUAAUCGGUUACCUAGAGGCGAUACGACACAAUCAAACUUCCAGCAAUCGAGCAACUCAAAUUCACCGCCGUUUGAAAGAUACUUCUCAUUGCGACCUUCACAGAACACAUCGCAUAUACAAAUGCACACUCCAUUACAAGAAUCACAGACUUCAAACAAUCAAAACAUAAGUACAAGCUUUCAAGGCCAAGCUUUUCCUUCAUUAUACUCGAAUCCUACACCAGGCUCAAGUUCUGGUAACCCUGCAAUAACAUCAAUGUUACUACAGGGUCAUCAUUCCCGCAAUAAUAAUGUAGAGAUGUCCCGAGGACUUAAUGGUAGGGGGAGAAAUGAAAGCUUUCAUGCACACAAAGCAAAACGGAAAAGUAGUUUUUCAAAAGGUGAUGAUGGACAAGAGGGACCAUCAAGUAAACGGUAUCUGUCAGAAAGAAUGGCAGCAAGAAUGCACAAGUUAAGGAUAAGUAACGAUCAUAAUAAUCCUGUAAAUAUCUUGCAAAGUUUAAUGGCAAAUCAGGCAGUUGGCACCUCUGACAGUCAAAUAUGUGAAGGCAAUGAUAAUAACAGUGAUGAUGAUGAAGUGAAAAAUACAGAUGCAAUGCAAAACCGGCAAGACAAUUUGCCAAGGUUUGUUUUGUCGACACAUGUGAAGGAAGCUAUCACCAAACAAGAGUCAAUCAUUCCAGAAGCUAUCUACAAUCAGAUAAGUAAGCCUUGUUUGGCAGUUGUUCCUUGGAAGAGUCCUGAUGAUGGGUUUUCUUUAUCAACAGAUAGCAAGGAGGUUUGCCAGGAAAACAAUGUAGACCUGCCAAAUAGUAAUAGUAGCAGCACAUGCAGCAGUCUGAUCAUGGAAAGUCUUCCUGAGACAGACCAGCUUCAAGACAAAGGGGUUCAUCAUGUUGAGAUUGUUGGUGAAUGCAGCACUUUCAGUUUUGAAGAUGAUGAUGAUAUGGACCCAUAAAUAAAGACUAUAUUUAUUUAUAUUAUCAAUAAUUUGUAAGCUUACUUUGGACAAUGUUCGUUGAGAGCAACAGAUUGUGAAUUUCAGUUGAUUAGUUGUCAUAUGAUAGGAAAAUAUUUUCUUGGACUGUUAUAUACUUAUUUACACUUUGAAACAGCUUCAAAUUACAAUAAAACAGGUGUUAUAUAAAAAA